UGGGUGGGAGAAGCUUUCUCCUGGAUCCUUCAUGAAGUUUGCCAAGUGAUUUUGGCUAAAAAUGACCCAAGAAUGGCUUGACUUCACCCUGUUCAUUCCACACAAUGGCCCUCUGUUUGAGAGGGUAGAUUGUGUGGUCUCCAUCCCUGUGGUGACUCUGGGUGCUGCCUGGAACCAGCACCUGCAUCACAAAUAGAUCGCUCCCAGUGAGAGGGGUCCUGGCUCCCCUGGGGCAGACCCUGGUGCCAAGACCAGCCGGGGACAGCACUUGGCUCCCAUCUCUUGCAGACACUGAUGGGUGUCUGCCCUGGCAUGACCUACCUCAGUGUCAUUUUGGCAGUGGUGGGAGUGUGCUGGAGGAGCUAGCAGGGCUUGGAUGUCUUGCUCCGUGCAGGAUGUGUGACCGCAGCGGCGGGCGGCGGCUCCGGCAGUGGCUGAUCGAGCAGAUCGACAGCGAGCUCUACCCUGGGCUCAUCUGGGAGAACGAGGAGAAGAGCAUGUUCCGCAUCCCCUGGAAGCAUGCUGGCAAGCAGGACUACAACCAGGAGGUGGAUGCUUCUAUCUUCAAGGCCUGGGCUGUUUUCAAAGGCAAGUUCAAAGAAGGUGACAAAGCAGAGCCGGCUACGUGGAAGACGCGACUGCGCUGCGCUUUGAACAAGAGCCCUGACUUUCAGGAGGUGACAGAAAGGUCCCAGCUGGACAUCUCUGAGCCCUACAAGGUCUACAGGAUUGUGCCAGAGGAAGAACAGAAAUGCAAAGCUGGCAUUGCCAAUGGAAGCAGCCUGAACGAUGUCACAGAGAUGGACUGCAGUUCCUCUGCAAUUGAUAACCUCAUUAAAGAGCCUCCCUGUGUAGAUGAGUACCUGGGGAUCAUCAAGAGGAGCCCCUCACCACCCCAGGAGACCUGCAGAAACCCCCCAAUACCUGACUGGUGGGUGCAGGAGCCCAGCCCUGCACUGCCCCUGGUGAAUGGAUACCCCAGCUAUGAGCAGCAGCAAUCAGGCUACUCCCAGAUGGUGCUCAGCUUCUUCUACGGUGGGAGGCUGGUGGGGCACGUCACCACCUCGUACCCCGAGGGCUGCCGGCUCUCCCUCAGCCAGCCCUCCAGCCACGGCGAGAAGCUCUACGCGCCGGACGCCCUGGAGCACGUGCGGUUCCCCUCGGCCGACACCAUCCAGAACGACCGCCAGAAGCAGGUCACCAAGAAGCUCUUCGGGCAUCUGGAGAGGGGUGUCCUGCUGCACAGCAACAAGCAGGGCAUCUUCAUCAAGAGGCUGUGCCAGGGCAGGGUCUUCUGGAGUGGGAACACCAUGGCCUACAAGGACAAGCCCAACAAAUUGGACCGGGAUGAGGUGGUGAAGAUAUUUGACACCAACUUGUUCUUCAGAGAGCUGCAGCAGUUCUACAACAACCAGGGCCGCUUCCCGGACAGCAGAGUCAUGCUGUGCUUUGGAGAGGAGUUCCCAGACACUGUGCCGCUGCGGUGCAAGCUCAUCCUAGUCCAGGUGGAGCAGCUGUAUGUCAGGCAGGUGGUGGAAGAGGCUGGGAAGACCUGCAGCAGCAACCCCAUGGUCCCCAUAGCUGAUGAGACACAGCAUGAGCAGGUGUACAGAAUCUUCCAGGACAUCUGCACCACACAGCGGCCACUCUUCAGAGAAAACCAACAAAUUGCCGUCUGAGCCUCCUCCUCCAGCCCUAAUGUGGUGGUUUGAGUGGACCUAGACCCAGUUUGGUCCCAUUAGUGCCUAAAUUCCUUCUUUUGGAAAGUUGGGUUUGGUUCUUUGCUGUUUCCAGGCCAGAGUCUGUAUCAACACAGCAGUAGAAAUUGCUGUGAGGAAAUAGGUUGGAUGCUCAGCAUCUGGCCUGUGGGCGCUUCACUGAUAGGAAUGACUCUUGUAUCAAGCGGGGUAGUCCUGCUGCUGUUGUAUACAGCUCGUGGCAGGAGGGUAGUCCCAGUAUUGUUGUCUACAGCUGAUGGAAGGGGAAAGAGAGAGGGAAGAUCAGGGCUGGCUUGGCUUUGCAUUGCCCUUGCUGAAGUCUGGUCAAGCAGAACCCAAACCAAACAAGUCCUGAGGACCUGCCCUUGCAGUCUGCAGCUCAGACCUUGCUGAGAACAGCGACUUGCUAGGAGGUAGCUCCUGGAAAAGCCUUAAAAUGCUCAAAUGUAGGGAAUUCUUUU